AUCGACGGCAAGAAAUGAAAUCAAAGAGCAAGAAACAUGUGGGCAAAGAUAAGGAAAAGACGGAACGAUCCAGAUCUGAAAGCAGUGGCACCCUCAAAAUGGAACCCGCCGAGGUGAUCGCCUUCCUGAAGGGCGAGUCGCCGACAACCAAGCAAUUCGCGCGCUUGAGUAGUGAAUCGGUCCAAAAUUAUGCAGAACAAUCCAUCUUUGAAUCAGCCCCACAUGAGGUAGCCUACAGCUUAGCAGAGGAUCUGAGCUACAAACUAAGACACAUCAUACAUGAAGCUCAUAUAAAGGCCAAUCUAUCAGGGAGAACUGCACUACUGGGCAGUGAUAUUGAGGCCUGUUUGGAAAGCCUGGCCGUUGAGAAGGUGUAUGGAGCCAGCAAUUCCAGUCACUUCUCUCCACUGUCUGACAAGCACUUGUACUUGCAAGAUUCAGUGGUAAACUUAGUGAUGCUGGUUGGAAACACCACCACUAUCAUUCAGCCAGGCGAUGCAAUCCUCACAAAACAGUCUUGGCUGCCAACAGGACCUGCAAUGAAUAACUAUGUGCGAUACUUCACUGCCAUGUGCCACACGUUGAUUUCUAACACGCCCCAACAGCGACAAGAAGCACUGCGUGACGUGCGCUGCAAUGCGCAUAUUGGUCCGAUUGUCAACUGGUUCUACCACUUUGGCUACUUCCUGCUUAGUAAGGAUAUUACGUAUGUGUCGCUUACGAUGAGCGCGCUGCAACUCAUCGAGGCGUUGGAAAGUAACCCAAUCGCGAGGCAACAAGUCGGGGAGAAAGAGUUGAAACUGCUGCCUAGAUUGAUAUUGCAACGCCUGUUGCGUACCCGUACGGACUAUGAGGUAAUCAAGCCGAUGUGCAGCGUGUUGGCGAUGUUGUGCAUACGCGCACCUCUCCGAGAACUCGUUAUUGGUAAAAUCGAACAACGGCGGCAGGAAUUCAACACCGACUAUGCUCUACCGCUGGUAUGCAUCAUCAAUGCACUGGGAAUUGAUGUGUUAAGGCCUUAUGUAGACCAGGUGAUGCAUUUGUAUCGAAAUGCAAAAGCUGCGUGCGCGCCCAACUUACACCUGCUGACAGCAGUCAUAAUGUAUUCACAUCGCUUACUGCAAACGCAUGACGCAACAGCCAUCGAGCACAAUUGGGCGUUCUAUGAAGCCUUCAACUUCAAACUGAUUCCUCAUUGGCGUUCAAUGUGCACUUGCCCAGCUUCAGCUAGUACAAAAGAGUACGACACAAAUUUCCGCGUCAUCUUCGCUCAGCAUUUAAAAUCAAUAAAAAGAAUAUUGCCCAUUGCAUUACGACAUCGCCGUCGCCGCCGCUACAAACCGCAAGAAGUUUUCGACCCUUGUCUUCCUCCAUGCCAAAAACAGCUACAUAUAAGACUAAAAUAUAACGCUGCAGUUGAAACAGCCAUUGACGACAAAGAUGAGCAUACUUCUCCGCCUCAGCAAAGCAGCAAAAAUGACCAGAAGCAGGAGUUUGUGACAAUAGGCAGGUGGAGCCCGAUCCGCGGGCGAGAGAAUAUGAAAAACUUAAAUUGUCUGCAUUACAACAAUCUGAUUUUGUGAUCACUGUUGUAAGGACGCAGAAAGCAGCGUGAGAUUGUCGAGGAUAUCUGUUAUUUGCAGAUCGCAAGAUGUCGUUUCGGAGCGUGAAUGGGAGAAUUGCAUGUUGCGCUGGUGAAGCAGGCGUGAUAACGGCUGCGGUACACGACCAUGUACUAAAAUAAUUAUAUUUUAAUUAAACUUGAUUGCGUGCGAAAAUAA